GAAAAUCAUACAAAGUAGAAUUUAAGGACCAUAAAAUAGUUUACGGCAAGGUUGGGGUAUUGCAUUAAAACUUAUCUAUCAUUAUCAGCACAAGCAUCUUCUUCAAGCUUUGGCAUCUCCGAAUCUCUUAAGCGAAUAUUUCACUGAUUUUCCUUCAAUCUCGUUUCAUUUUUAAAUCAAUAAAGUCGAAGAUUUUUUUUUUCUUUCUUUUGAUAACACAGGAGGAGGAUCAAGAAAGAAAAAAUAGAAGACAAAAAGAAACUCAGUACUUGAUCUCAGCUGAAAAUGGAAUAACUUGAUUCAUACCGACCCAAAACCGAGAGAAGAGAUGAAUAGUGGAAAAAAGAACGGUGAAGAUUCAAAAGUGUCGUCAGAGACGACGGAAAGUGAAUUGGGUUGUUCUUCAAAGGAGGCUAGAGGAAAGAGGCUAUGGAAGAAGGUGAGAUAUCAGCUAGUUGAAUUCCACUCGUUGCCCGCGUAUUUGAGGGACAAUGAGUACAUUAUCGGCCAUUAUCGAUCUGAGUGGCCUUUAAAGCAAAUCCUCCUAAGCAUCUUUAGCAUUCAUAACGAGACACUAAACGUUUGGACGCAUUUGAUUGGGUUCUUUAUUUUCCUUUCCUUGACCAUAUACACUGCCAUGAAGAUUCCAACGGUUGAUCUUCACACUCUUCAUGUUCCUGAUAUGCUGAGAAGGGCUGAUCUGCAUAAAUUGCAUGAAUGCCUUCCUUCCUUACCCAACAUGCCUGAUCUACACAGACUUAAGGAGCUAAAGACUACAUCUAUGGAUAUGCUUCCAUCCCUCUCAGGAUGGCAUGUUAUGGAUCUUUUGUAUAAUUGUUUGCCGGAGCGAUUCUCCCCUGGAAACAGCAGUGACAUUUGUGUUCUGCAUAGCUGGAAGGAUGAUUUUGCAAACAUAAUAGCCCCUCUUCUGGUGAGACCAAUUACAAGAUGGCCAUUUUUUGCAUUCAUGGGUGGUGCUAUGUUUUGCUUGCUAGCAAGCAGCACAUGCCAUCUCCUCUCUUGUCACUCCGAGCGGCUCUCCUACAUCAUGCUCAGGCUUGACUACGCAGGAAUUGCAGCUCUGAUUUCUACCUCCUUCUACCCACCUGUCUACUACUCCUUCAUGUGCGACCCUUUCUUUUGCAACCUCUACAUGGGCUUCAUAACUAUACUGGGAAUCGCAACAAUCUUGGUUUCCCUCUUGCCAUUCUUUCAGAACCCUGAAUUUCGCACUGUUCGUGCAUCUCUCUUCUUUGGCAUGGGCUUAUCUGGUAUUGCACCUAUCAUGCACAAGCUUUUCUUGUUCUGGGAUCGACCUGAGGUUCUCCACACAACUGCUUAUGAGGUUUUGAUGGGACUUUUCUAUGGUCUUGGAGCACUAAUUUAUGCCACAAGGAUUCCAGAACGAUGGAUGCCUGGAAAAUUUGACAUUGCAGGGCACAGCCACCAGCUAUUUCAUGUAUUGGUUGUUGCAGGCGCUUUCACUCAUUAUCGCGCUGGUCUUGUUUACCUCAAGUGGCGAGACCUGGAAGGGUGCUGAAAUUUAGACAUUAGACAAAGUAAGAACCUUGUUUGUCUUGUUUUCACUUAUGUAACAGUGAAGUGCAGAAAUUUAGUAUAAGUAUAUGACAAUGUAGAAGAAAUCCUAGAAGAAUCUCAGCCUCCAUUGUUGCCAUUCAUCUGGGGAAAAGAAAAACUGUAUCUUUGUAGUUUUGUAGGAAUGGAAUUAGUAUUUUUGGUAUUAUUAGUUGGAAAUCAUGUUCCAUUCUUCUCUAUCAGCCCAUUAUAAUCUGUGAUGAUAAGGAUUGUUGUUAGCAUCAAUGUUUUAAUCUAUGCAAAUGUAGAUCUUAAUCCAA